CGCGCGGAGGCUCGCGGCCCGGGCUUCCGGGUGGGCGUGCGAGGCGGGCCGGCCCGCGGACGGGGCCAUGGAGAAGCUGCGGCGGGUCCUGAGCGGCCAGGACGACGAGGAGCAGGGCCUCACCUCGCAGGUCCUGGACGCCACCUCCCUGAGUUUCAGCACCAGAUUGAAGUGUUUUGCAAUAUGCUUCGUGGCUGGCAUUUUCUUUUCUAUCCUUGGAACUGGAUUGCUGUGGCUUCCCAACAUAAAACUUUUUGCAGUGUUCUACACCCUUGGAAAUCUUUCUGCAUUGGCCAGUACCUGCUUUCUGAUGGGACCCCUGAAGCAGCUGAAGAAAAUGUUUGAAACCACAAGAUUGUUUGCAACAAUUAUUAUGCUUUUAUGCCUCGUCUUCACCCUGUGUGCCGCUCUGUGGUGGCACAAGAAGGGACUGGCCUUAUUAUUCUGCAUAUUGCAGUUCUUGUCCAUGACGUGGUACAGCCUGUCCUACAUCCCAUAUGCAAGGGAUGCCGUUCUCAAGUGCUGCUCUUCUCUCCUAAGCUGAGCGCCCGCCCUGCGGUGCUGUGGGCGGGAGCGCUGGAGUGCUGAUGGGCUGUCGGAACCCGUGCCGUCACUCCAGAGCCAGCCACGGGGGUCCCGGCAAAGCCACGCGCCCCCCAAACCCUGCUUCCCAGAGACGGGAGACUUCUAAUCAUUGCCAACUGUAAAUAAUCUUGCCCAGUUUUAAUCUUUUGAAGUGCGCAUGUUUAAGGGAUGAUUCUGUGUUGCAGGGUGCAUUCAGCUUACUGGGUUUUCUUUAAAUGUCUACAUUUUAAAGAUCUUUUUUAACUGCAAAAAUGUGAAACUUUCUAUCUAAAGUUGCUUAUUACAUGUAAUAAAAAUAAUAUAUAUCUUUACAAUUUUGAAAUAAGCCCACUCAGAAAAAUGAUAACUUUUAAGAUUGACUUUAUAGUAUCCUGAGAGGUUCAGUUGAAUAAAAGUGAGUCCCGGCACUUGUGUAGUCUCUGCAGACAAGUGACAGUGCAGAUGCAGACCUGUGUGAGCCCCGCCACUGGGGCUGUGCCGAAGGA